AAAACUUGUGCAUGUCGUGAGAGGAAACAAAACAAAAAAUGGCUGAAAGACCACAAGGUUUAAGCCUUUUGUCUGUCGUAAUUUCUCUCUUGAUCUUGCAGUAUAGCUUUGCAGAUGAACCGGCAGGCAUCUUAGAUCAGUGCAAGGAGAGCUGUGAGCGAAGCUACCCGUUACAUACGUACCCAAAGGAGGAGCCUCUGCUUGCUUGUAAACAAGGGUGUCGGUUUUCCGCUAUCUCCCAGUUGAAAGCGAGGGUGUCUGAUGUAGGCGAGAAUUUUACGUUGGCGUGUAUAGCAGGUUGUCAGGAAAGCUAUGAAGUUGAAGAAAACCGUUAUGCUUGUGUUGCUGGAUGUAAGUUGCAAGAUCAAAUCCCAUCACCAGAAUCAUAUGUAGAAGAAAGUAUGCCUGAUCAGUGGAGUUUCAGAACGUACAUGGUGUAUGUAUACCCAGUGCUUGAUGUUAGCAAGUACUGCCAUGGCUUCCUGAACAGAGUUGGUUAUUACUACAGGAUGUCAACGUCUUAUUAUUACACCUAUGGGGAUGGUGAUAGUAUCAUAGUUGAGGUUCAAGAGCAGCCGCAAGAGUUUAUCAGCGUUCCAAAAUUUGAUGAGGUGGAUUUUGUGGAGAAUGAUGAAGCAGAUAGCAGUUACAGUGAUGAUAGUGUUGAUUCCUACUCUGGAGCCGUAGUUCAAAAAGGCCGCCAGUGGUUGCAGUGUGUUUCACAGCGGUCUGGGCUUCCUUUCUGGUUUUUGACAUCCACUCUCUUCUUGUCCAUUUUCUUCCUGAUGUGGCUCUGUUGUGCUACAGCCACCACUGCAACAAAGCAAAAGAGCAAGGCUGCUGUUGUUGGAGAACUCUUGUUCUUGGAUGAUGACAGCUUACUGGAGAAAAUGCCGCUAGUUAAAGAGGAUGAAAAAGACGAUGCAGGCCCCCUUCCUGUUAAAGUCCACAUUGAUGCAACAACUUUGUGAUGGAGAUAAUCUUUGCAGACUGCACCUACAUGUGGACUGGCCAACGGACAUUUGACUGCAUGCUUGCCUUUCUGACGCACAUCUCUCUGUAGCAGACACCUCUCUCGGGCAGACAAUUUUUAUUUUAUUGUAGACACCUGUUUACAAGUAAAACAGACAUCUGUGUAUAACGGCACACAACUCUCUAAUGUGUAAUGUGGAUCCCUCUUGAAAAGAGGGAUCUUCAUCUGCUGAUCUUUCAGUGUCUGCUGUUCAGUAUUCUUCAUGGGCACACACACACACUCGCUUGAAAACAGUUAUGCAUUCUAUCUUACACUAUGAAGUAGAGAGAAAUUACACAAGUCCACUCUUGGUUUGUAAUUUUCGAGUCAGUAUAUUAAGUUUUUUUUUUGUUUUUUUUUUUGGAGUAAAGUUGUUUAUCUACCAAAUGUAUUUUUUUUUUUUUU